AUGUCUCAAGAAUCAGCUUAUGUAACUGGUGGCGCCUCUGGCAUUGGGCGGGAAGUAGUCCGCAUGCUGGUGAAGAAUAAUAUCAGAGUCUUCAUUGCCGACCGAGAUCACGAAGGGGCUCAAAAGCUAGCCGAUGAACUCAACAAGUCUUCUGAUCAUGUAGCAAGAGUCUCCCAUGUCGAUACUGCCAAUUGGAACUCUCAGGCCAAAGCAUUCAGUCAGGCCGUGGCUGACUUUGGGCGCAUUGAUUACGUCUAUCCCAUUGCCGGCAUAGGAGAGAGAACAUGGAUCCCCAACGACCCCAAUGGCACUGGCUUUGAGAUGCCUGAUCUUAGUACUGUUGAGAUUGACUUGACCGGUGUCCUCUACACUGUAGGUUUAGCAGUCCAGCAGUUCCGAAGACAGGAGCCUGGAAAGAAUGGCUUUCGGGGCAAGAUUGGCUGUGUCGCGAGUGUCUGUGGGUUCUACUGUGCACCAACAGUCCCAAUAUAUACGGCUGCCAAACAUGGCGUGACGGGCUUCGUACGUAGCUACGGCAAGUACUUACCUGAAGAGAAAAUCACGCUCAAUUCAGUCAAUCCAAACGUGAUCCGAACAAAUAUCUCCAGCCAAGGUUUCUAUGACGGCCUCGAAGAGAAAGGUCUUCUAACCCCGAUUGAGGGUGUCGUCGAUGCUUUUGAGAGACUCUUGGGCACCAAUGAUACAUCGGGCGAGGUCUUUGAGAUUGGGCCGCACUGGAAAGAACAGGGUCCAGUGGUGAAGAAGGCAACCGAGUAUUUGGAUAAGGAGUCGGAGACCGUGCUGGACUUGAUAUAUCAUAGAAGCCGACCGCUUCAUCUGCCGCGAUGA